ACCCAGUCAACAGUGUUCUUAGAGGUAGCCACACCUCAGCAAGGUCUUUCUAACUUGAAACAGCAAAGUUCAAAUGCAGGAAUCGACACAAGCUGUGAAAGAGUCCUAAACCUAUUAUAAGGUAAAUCUCUGCAGCACAACUGCCCUGUGAAGCUACUUGAAACUGGGCAUGGGACUUAAAGGAAUAAAAAAAGGAAACGGACCAUCUCUUCUAACACCUGGAAUGUGAUCCAAGCCUGGAGACAAACUGAUGGUUUGCAGCUAGAAGACCGUAAAUCUAGCAAUGGAGCCCUUAUAUGAGGAAUACCUAGCAAAUCGUGGGACAAUAGUAAAACCUUAUUACUGGCUAAGCUUCUCUCUGGAUUGCGCUAACUGUCCUUACCAUAUUCGAACAGGUGAAGAAGCAAGAAUUUCCCGCACAGAAUUUUGCCAGAUUUUUGGAUUCCCUUAUGGGCCAACAUAUCAUCAAACAAAACACUUCACAUUUUAUGAACUAAAAACUCCUUCUGGUAGCCUGGUGCAAAAGGGCCAUGCUAGCAGUUGCACCGGGAACUAUAUCCAUCCAGAAUCAAUGCUCUUUGAAAUGAAUGGCUACCUUGACUCAGCCAUAGACAGUAAUGACAGCAUCAGGCAUAUCAUUCUGUAUUCCAGCAACUCCCCUUGUAACGAAGCUAACCACUGCUGCAUCAGCAAAAUGUACAAUUUCCUGAUUACGUAUCCAGGCGUCACUCUUAGUAUUUAUUUUUCUCAGCUCUAUCAUACUGAGAUGGACUUUCCUGCCUCAGCAUGGAACCGCGAAGCUCUCCGGAGCCUGGCUAGCUUAUGGCCGCAGGUCAUUUUGAGUCCAAUAAGUGGUGGGAUUUGGCAUUCUCUCCUCCAAAACUUUGUUAGUGGUAUCUCAGGAUCACAUGUUUUCCAGCCCAUUUUAACUAGGAGAGCACUGGCUGACAGGCACAACGCGUAUGAAAUCAAUGCCAUAACAGGCAUAAAACCUUACUUCACUGAUAUACUUCUCCAAACAAAACAGAAUCCGAACACGAAAGCGCAGGUGGCUUUAGAGAGCUACCCCUUAAACAAUGCCUUUCCUGGACAGUCUUUUCAAAUGACGAGUGGACAACUGCCACCCAACCUACCUCCAGACCUCAGGGCUCCUGUUGUUUUUGUGGUGGUGCCUCUCAUACACUUACCACCAAUGCAUGUGGGCCAAAACCCAAAUCAACCCAGAAAUAUUGUAAGGCACUUAAAUAUGCCUCAAAUGUCAUUCCAGGAAACGAACGACCUUGGAAGGCUUCCCACUGAAAGGUCAGUGGAAACAGUGGAAAUCACAGAACAGUUUGCAAGUAGCAAGGAGGCAGAUGAAAAGAAGAAAAACAAGAAGAAAGGGAAAAAAUAAAGUCUGCAUUCCUACAGCAUAAACCAAUUACCUUGGGACUUAUUGAUAGGCAAUAAAAACCUGGAAACUUUCUCUCUUAGGCUGAGCCAAGAUGGAGAUAAACUGAUGCGCUAAAAGCAAACCUUGAAUCAUUUACCAGAUCGAUUACUACAAAGUUGCACUAUUCUAAACAUAUUCCUAAAGGUUUCCAUAAGCAACUUGACCUCUCUCCUUUAUUUUGAAAGUGACAGUAUCAAAAUGGAACCAUUAGCAGCUUGCUAAUAUUUUGGUGCGGAAAAGGAAUCUCAUUGUUCUAUUCUACCCACAUCGUCUUUCCACUGCAAAAGCCCAUGGAUGAAAUAGCUGCCUAAAUUGGUUUCAGUAAAAAAAUGUACUGUAAAAUUGAAAAACAGCCUGAAUCUACUGACAUUAAGUGCUGUUUGCAAAAGCAAACCAAUGAUUUUCUAUUAAUUGUCAGUCGUGGACAGAAGAUUUUAGGCAGCUCAUGUUUUUCUAAAGUGAUUCAAAAUAGUUUUGUGUGGGAAAAAGCUCUUCUGCUGAUUACAUAUUGCUAUAAAAAUUGAUUUUUGAAACCUAGCCACCUGCUCAGUUUGAUCUGCCCCAGCUCAGACCUCUCCCUACCGAGCAGAUGAUAGAGGAAAGAUGGUACAUGAGAACCUGCAAUGGCUCUUGUCAUCACAUACCAUAUAAAAUCCAAGUUCCUCUUACUGGCUUUCAAGGAUCCUCCUUUAGCUUCCAGUUGCCUUGUCUCAUCAGCAAGACCAGAAGUUCCUACCGGUCAAGCACUGUCUCUCCCUUCUCUUUAGCUUUGCCCUUAGGAUCUAGCACAUUAUGUGGCAAAAUGUAGGUAGCAAGGCUGAACUGACAUUGCAAUAACUUUACCAAUGACUAUGACUCAACAUCCAUUCUCCACACCAGCUGAAAGCCUCCUUAACCAUCCUGCAACAGAUGUUUUAAUUUUUGUUAGCAUCUAUUCCCCUUCUAAUGCAGCUCCCAAUGCAUAAUGUGUGUUUACUUCCCUUUUUUCUGACUCCGUCCUCUUCACCAGUGAAUAUUUGUACCUUCUCUUAAAAGCUUCUUCAAAACACACUUCUGGGAAGUGCUCCUUGACUAAUUCUCUAAGCACUUAAAUGAAAGCACUUUGCUUAUGCUUAUUUCACAUUUGCUGCCACUUGCCUCUUUGAAAUAUGAAAGAUACAUUGCAAGAAAAAUGUACAUUUACUUGUAACUUGCUAUUAAUUUUUUUCUUAAUACAUAUAUAUAUAAAGUAAUCCUAAGCUAAUAAAAGAAUUUGCCACGACAUUAAAACAUUUAAUACUCCAUGAAGGAGGAGGAGAAAGAAAAACAUAUUUUAGGAAUAGCAAUUAGUAUUGUGGUUAAAAUAAAGAUGAAUAAAACUUUUAAAUCAAA